AUGUUCAAAGAGAUUAAAUAAGAAUUGGCUUAAAAGUAUAAGCAAUUAGAAAUUGAUCAAAUAGAAAUCAUGCAAAAACUAUAAAUUUAUAAGGAGUCUGCAUAAAAUAAAUAAUAUGUAGAUAACAAUUCAUUAUUGAUUGAUGAUAUUCAAAAUUCAUCUCUUCUCUUACUUUCCAAUACAUAAAGAGAUGUAACAGAUAAAACAAUUUCUGAUUUAAAAAAAGCAUUAGAGGAAUGUGAAAGAGACAGAGAGAAUAAAAUUCAAUAGAUUAACGAAUUAAAAAAAUUAAAUUAAAAAUUAUAUGAAGAAUUAAAUGUUUAAAAAAACAAUGUUAUAAAAUCAAAUAAACUUUUGAAUGAGAUUACAUAAUAAAAAGAGGAAUUAAUGAAUUAAAUAAAUAUGAUUAGAAAAAGAAAAUCAGUUGAUUCUACAUUUUAUUAAACAUCUAUUACUGAUAUAACAAAUCAAGAUAUAUCAAUUCAAAUGAAUAGAAAAAAAUCAAUGUCUUAAUAUGAUAAUGUUGAUUAAAAACAAUUCCAACUAUAUAAAAAGUUUACAGAAUGUGUUAAAGAUAUGAUAAUAAAAUUAUAACCAAAAUUAUAUGAAAGUAUUGAAAUAUUUGUAAUUAUUUUUAGAUUAAAAUGUUUCAUUAUCUGAUGCAUGGAAAUGGUUAAAGAUUAUUAUUAAUGAUUAUGUUCAAAUUGCAAAUACAAUAAAAUAAUUAAAAUAGAUACUUAAUGUUGAAUAGCCUUAUAUAGUUUUAGAGGUUUAAUAAUUAAUUAAUAUGAUUGUUUAUAAAUAAUGA